AUGGCAACACACACUGCUCCGGUCGUUCCUCCCCGGCCGACAAGAUCACCUCAACAGGGCCUUGCGCCCCCAUCAGCAGAUAUGCCCAAAAUACCCCCUCGUCCUGGCCAUCGCAUUGAGCGCUCCGUGUCUCCCUAUCGCGAUAGCUACGCACCUUCUCCAUUGAAUGAAUUGCCCAACGGAUCAAGCAUGAAGCGUACCACCUCGAAUGAUCUGCCUCCUCGUCCCCCAAGUGUGACAAUCCCAUCUCUGGGUGAAGAGGGUAUCGAGUACGAGGAAUUAGAUGUUGGUAAUGUCUCCGACAACCACCAGACAACACCCGCGGAAACACGCAACGUGGGGAGCGACCUCAAGCUCCAUGCGCCAAGACCGUCACUCCCCUCCUCAAGCGCCAAGGCCAAGGUGCAGGCUGUCACACGUACAGAUUCCCGUCAAGCAGCAGCAGCAGGCUUGGGUCGUGUCGGGACUCCUUCUCAUGAUGACCACCCCGAACGGCCCACCCGCUCGCUGCAUUCACGGGCUAGUGGCUCACGGGCUGAAUCGUCGACCGCAUCUGCUGAUCGUCGGCAGUCACUCCACGGCGAUGAGCAUGGAAUCCCGGAGAUCGGGCAGAGAGUCCCAAUGUACCCCAACGCGGGCGACGUUCAGGCUCCGUCCCCUAGCCCUUACAUCGUAGAGCACCAACAACAGCAACGCCCAGGGCGCAGUCACCACCGAACUCGCAGUGGUCGGGAGGCCUCCCUGCCACCUGGAAGUUAUGGCCUGCAUGGCCAUGGUGUGCCCACAAACGACAAGUUUGAGAAAGCUUGGUACGAGAAGCACCCCGAAGAAUACGUUAGGGAAGAGCAAGGCCAAUAUGGUCCCGGAGUUGGAACUCCCAGACCAGAUUGGGCUUUGAGCAGUGAUGACUUGAAUAAGAUUGUACGAGGCUCUGCCGUUACUGGCACAGGACUCGGUACCUCGCCUGCUGUAGCAGGAACCCCAGAAGAAGAAGUGGGCUAUAUUGCCUCUGACGAAUAUACGCAUCGCAUGUCAUCUCCGCCUCCUGACUCGCGUCGUGAUUCCCGCCCGGCCUUUGAGUCGCCUCUCCGCAAGUCGGAUGUACCAGCCCCAGAUGUUCAGAGCGAACAGGAUGACAUGGUGGAAAAGGACAUAGCUGAAAAACCGCAAGCUGCACGAGUGAUUCAUGUUGACGAGCCGUACCAUCACUUGCACCAUCCCGAUGGUUUUGCCCAAACCCCGGAUCCGGAAGAGCUUGCCCAUGGAACUGGUGAGCGAAACGCCGAGGACAAUGAACCCAUCUUGGCUGCCGAUGAAGUACGCCCCGAGUCGGCCUUCCAACACCCCGCUGUCUCGCCCUCGUUCGGGCGAAGUGGUAGUGUUGACUAUGAAGGUAGAAGUCGCACGCCAAGCGUCAACCACAGCCGGUCAAAUAGCAGGACUGCCAGUAUACCCAGUGGCAUGCCGGCUUUGACACGAUAUGAUUCGCGCGAAGACCACGGAGGUGUCUAUACACCUCUUGAAGAUGUCGAGGAAUACGAACCUCUUUUUCCCGAGGAUGACGCAGAAAACAAGAAGACUGUCUCGACUGCAGACCGCUUUAAACAGCGCCCAGAGCUCAAGCACCGGUUCCCUAGUCAGGAUAUCUGGGAAGACUCGCCCAAUAGUCUGCAGCUGCAUGCCACGGUAUCUACUCCGGAUAUUCCAAAGAAUGACAUCUUCGAAACCCCGGAGCAGGAAUCAUUCCGUAGGAGCCACGCAAGCCAACUGGACGCUCAUCAGGUUGCGUCCCAGAUUCUGGAAUCGGAAGACCAUGAUGAGAAGCCCCCGGCACGACCGGAGGUGGCUAAGCAGAGGUUCCCCAGCCGGGACAUCUGGGAAGACGCGCCUGAAAGCCAUACGCUAGUGACAACAAUUGAGCCAUCAGAUGAGCAAGUCAAGAGCCCAGAAGUGCCCUCGAAACCAAGCAUCCCGUCGCGUCCUCAGAAGCGACCGCAACAAGCUCAUACAGCGGAUCCUUCUACGAAGCCUGUCACUUCGCCCACUGAAAAGCGCCAGCCACCCGUUAUUCCGGAUAGGCCGAAGCCCCAGAUCCCAGCCCGUCCAGCUAAGCCCAUCUCACGUGUCAGUUCAGAGGAACCUAGGGAUAUAACCGCCAAGCCGAAACCGGCUGUGCCAGCCCGCCCUGGCGGAAGCAAGAUCGCUGCUUUGAAGGCAGGAUUUCUCUCAGACCUGAACUCACGGCUCCAGCUUGGCCCGCAAGCUCCUCCAAGGCCACAGGAGAAGAAGAAGGAGGAAGAGGAGCCUCCGGUAGAAAAGCAACCUUUGAGUGAUGCUCGGAAGGGACGCGCUCGUGGACCCGCGCGGAGAAAGCCUGCCGUCGAGAAAGCUAGCACAAGGCUACCGACGAUUCCCGAGGUCAAGAUUACCACAACAUGGAAUGUCUGGCAGGUCGGCGAAGACGGUAACUUGGUUGUUGGUGAGGUCAAGGCUGCUUCUGCCGAUACUACACCUGAUACCAUGGCUCCGGCUCUAGCAAAGAAUACCGCCGGUGAAUCCGCCCAAGAACCCACAUUCACUGACGCUGCCCACUCAAUAUCAACGGCCACCGAUAGCCCGGCCGAUCCAAGCCCUGCUAUAGAACCCGUGGUCAAGGAGGACGUGACCGUCGCCAACCAGGCCUCGUCUCCUGAGCAGGAUGUCGACAACGUCGCUGAAACCUUAGCUGCAUCUGCGGACAGCAAACGGCUCUCAACCGGUGACAUUGGCGAAACCCAGUGA